AUGUUAUUCCCAUUCAACCCACAGCAAAUUUUCGGAAGAUUGAGAAAAACUCUUUCGCAUUUUAUAUGUAAAAAUCUUAGAGUUCGAAUUUCUAUCGUUGUCUUUUUACUUUUUUCCGUAUUAACCGUAAGCUAUUUUUUCUUUCUUGUAUUCGGCAUUGAUUUGAGUCUGAUUUGGGGAAAACUCAAAUCAAUGCUACUGGUCAGGUCGUUCCGCGUUCUCUUAAGUCGGCUUCUUGGUUGGGAGGUUCCUAUUUUCGUUCUGGUUUUUCUUGUUGGUUUGGAACUGGAUUCCAGCUUGCACAUGAGACCUGAGAACGACUCCCCUUCCUCAAAGGACUCUAAAGAGGCCCAGGUGAGUAGUCCGCUGGGAGAGGAACGGGACGCAUGGAAAGGAAACCGAGGCCGACACACCUCCUUCGCUUUCGGAUUCAAAGCGGGUCCGCCCUUCCAGUGGAAGCGAGGCAGAUACCUCUUUUCACUCCUGCUCGUCUUCUCUUUCUUCACCUCCUUCGAAAGAAGUGGAUUUCGGGUCACUCACUUCUUCCGAAAUAGAUUUCUGGAAGGAAAACAUCCGAAAUCUAUUUCUAGAUCCGGUCGAAAGCAUAAAGCCGCCCGGUUUGAGUCUAAAUGA